AUGGAGGAAAAGGACCGUAUCAAUGAUUCGCCAUUAAGUCUAGAAUCGAUGGAGAAUAGUGAUGCUUAUGAUACAUCGAGAUCAAAUACACCUGAAUUAGAUAAUGAUAAACUUUUUGAUGUUAGUAAUCGUCAAAACGGCAAUAACUCGGUACUAAAUUCCUUUCCGAAUUUCAGUCCAUAUUCACCACUAUCAGUUUUAUCGUUAUGUAAUAGUCCACUAUUCUUAACACCAUCGCCAGCACCGUCCAAGUUCAGUUUUAAUCUUUUCAAUCGAUCAACACCAUCUUCAUCCCACACAUCACAACAAAGAAAAUCAUUUAAUAGAGUAAAUUUUAGAAGUAUUGAUGAAUUAGCUGUCAGUUCUAGUACUCCUAAUUCCAGUGUACAUGAAGAUAGUGGUUAUGAUUCAAUAAUAUUGAGAACAUCAAGAAAUGAGAAAAUGUCAUCAUUAAUAGACAACAAUGACUUAUGUGACGAAUCUCAAGAUGAAAAUGCUCAAAUUUCAAUUAAGACCGUGGAUUCAUUAGAAACUAAAACGGAUAGUAAUGGAAAGAAAAAGAAUCGUACUCAGUUUACUGAUAAUCAAAAAUGGACAUUGGAUCGUUUUUAUGCUAAACAAUCAUAUCCGGAUCCAUCGCAAAUGGAAUUAUUAUCGAAACAAUUGUCACUGGAAGAAAAAGUGAUACGUGUCUGGUUUCAAAAUAAACGUUCUCGAGAUAAAACACGUUCGCCUCGAUUUUUAAAUCAAUCUCGUCCUCAAACAUCAACACCCACGAAUUCAACACCAACAAUGACACCCCCAUCGUGGCCAUUUUCUUAUAAUCCAGGAUUCUUUUACUGA